AACCAUGAACAAAUGUUGUCGUAUGUGUUUGUGCGGUGCGGAAGCAGCCACGACCAAACAACAAGAUGGCAUCACACCCGGGAGGAGGCGAUCAAGGAAAUACUACAGAUAAGAUACUGGAAGUAGGAGCUGAUUUAUUAAAAGAUUUCAUUUAUCAGCGGGUUCAGCGGUAUGGAGACAGCCAUACUGCUGUAACCAGGGAUCAGCUGGAUGGAAGAGAGCUGUGUGACCCAAACCACAAGAAGCUUGCCCAGUGCCUCCAGCAGAUUGGAGAUGAGCUGGAUAGCAAUGCAGAGCUCCAAAGUAUGAUAAACAACUCUUCACUCAGUCCCACAAAAGAGAUGUUCGUUAAGGUUGCCAUUGAGAUCUUUUCAGAUGGGAAAUUCAACUGGGGCAGGGUGGUUGCACUGUUCUACUUUGCCUGUCGACUUGUCAUCAAAGCUCUAGUGACCAAAGUUCCUGAUAUCAUCAGAACAAUCAUCAACUGGACUUUGGAUUACCUGCGGGAAAAUGUGAUCAACUGGAUCCGGGAGCAAGGUGGCUGGGAGGGUAUUCGUUCCUACUUUGGCACACCCACAUGGCAGACAGUGGGGGUUUUCUUGGCUGGUGUUCUCACCACUGUUAUAGUCAUUCAGAGAAUUGGUUCAUGAAGAGCAAACAGGUGAAAAAUGGGAGGAACUACGUCUGAGGGAAAUGGGGAGAGGAACAAGAACAUUAAAGAACUACUGAGCGAGAUCAGGAAGAGAUUGUAUUUGGACACAGGAGCCACUCUUUGUUUCUUUCUCCCGUUCAUUUCCAAGGAUUGGGAGUUAGACGAAUGCACUCAUGAUCCCUAUGCCACUGAGGAUGUGAGCUGUGCAACAUUAGGGGGAGUGGGGUUGGAAAUUUUGUCAGACUUGGAACAGGGAAUGCAUUUUAAGUAAUUUAUUUUGUACUUGGUACAGAUUUUUUUUAAAGUCACUGCAUUCUGCUGUCUGCUCUAAAAAAUAUAUGGACAGAACACUUGUUAAGAGUUUACUUUCCACAUUAUUAUCAAUGUCAUUUUAUUUUUGUUCCACUCAGAUUGCUUUUCUGAUCUUCCCACUCUCUCCAUUCAUCUCAACAUGGUGUUAACAUUCUAGAGAACCCAUCUUUAUAUGUAUUUGUGAGCAUUUACUGGUGUAAAUCUAUCUAUUUGCUGGCAAUGAACGUUUUGGAGGGUGGUCACAUCCCAUUGAGUUAAAAAGAAAUCUUUUGGCAAACACUGGUUAAAUUUACCAAAAUAAUAUAGAUGAAGAAAAAGUACUCCUCAAAUAAUAUUUGGGCUCAAAACCCCCAAAUAAUUUAUCCGCUCGAACGCACAGCUCAACCUUAUUUCAGUGAAUAUUGAAAGUGCCACAGUAGCUGUACAAAGUUAUGUUUACGUUCAACAUGAAUCAUCGUGUUGAAAAAAAGUCACAUGAUCUCAGUAAACUGAAUCUAAAGCCCUGUCUUGUGUAACAUGUAAUCACAUGCUGCCUUUGGGCAUUUUGGCCAGCAGUGUGACCUUAAUGUGGAUCCCACUUAAAAGAAAAUGUUGUCUGAUUUCUGUAUUGAACCGGUUGUCAUGAACCUGUGUUUCUUGUGGUCUGUGGAUGAUGUCCCGUUGCAGACACAGAAGGGGCUGGAUUGCUCACAGAUGCUUACCUCACUUCACACAUAUUCAAAGUACUGUAUUUUUACGUAAGUAAUUCAAACUGCAAUCUUACCUACACAAAAUGUUUUUUUUAUACAUUUUUUCUUGUUUGUCAGUGCCUUGGUGUUUUUUCUUAUUAAGAAAUCACUUUGAUAAUCUCAAAUUUUCACCUUUUUUCUAUCACAUUUGUAAAAUUGAAAUUAGUUUCCAGUCUCCCUGAAAAUCUUUUUGCAGUGAUCUUGUAAGUUGUAAUAUGGAAAAUAAAUCUUUUAACUCUUA